AUGACGUCCUGCAAAGAGGUUCGCACGAGAUUCAUCGAGUUCUUCCAAAAGAAGUACCAACACACGUUCGUACCUUCAUCAUGCGUCAUUCCUCACGACGAUCCCACCUUGCUAUUCGCCAACGCCGGCAUGAACCAGUACAAACCCAUUUUCUUGGGCACUGUUGAUCCAAACACCGAGGCCGCGAAAUGGAAACGCACCGUCAACUCCCAGAAAUGUAUCCGAGCAGGAGGCAAACACAACGACCUAGACGAUGUCGGCAAAGACGUAUACCAUCAUACGUUCUUCGAGAUGUUGGGCAACUGGUCGUUCGGGGAUUUCUUCAAGAAGGAGAUCUGUGCCUGGGCUUGGGAAUUUCUGACCAAGGAGUUCGGUCUCGCGGAGGAUCGACUCUACGUGACGUAUUUCGGUGGAAAUCCAGAGGCUGGUCUGGAACCCGACAACGAAUGCAAGGGUAUCUGGCUGGCCCUGGGGGUCCCCGAGGAUCACAUUCUGCCGGGGAGCAUGAAGGACAACUUUUGGGAAAUGGGAGAGACAGGCCCUUGCGGUCCCUGUUCCGAAAUCCAUUUUGACCGCAUAGGGGGCCGAAACGCCGCCCAUCUGGUCAAUAUGGACGAUCCCGAUGUCCUCGAGAUCUGGAACCUCGUGUUCAUCCAAUACAACAGAGAGGCCGACUCCAGCCUCCGUCCGCUGCCGAAGCAGCACGUCGACACCGGCAUGGGUUUCGAGCGGCUUGUAUCGGUCAUCCAGAACAAGCGGUCCAAUUACGACACCGACGUGUUCGUUCCGAUUUUCGACGCCAUCCAGAAGUCCACCGGGGUGAGAGCUUACACCGGGAAAGUUGGCGCGGAAGAUGUCGACGGGAUCGACAUGGCCUACCGAGUACUCGCAGAUCAUGCACGAACUCUCACCAUCGCGCUCAGUGACGGCGGACGCCCCGAUAAUGUCGGCCGAGGAUACGUGCUUCGACGUAUCCUUCGCAGGGCUAUCCGUUACGCUACGGAGAAGAUGAACGCGAAGCCCGGGAUGUUCGCUGGCCUGGUGCCGGUCGUCGUCGGCCUGUUAGGAGAUGCUUUCCCAGAGCUCAAGAAAGACCCGGACACCGUGAUGGAGAUCAUCAAUGAGGAAGAGACUCAAUUCCUGAAAACGCUGUCUCGUGGUCGAAGGCUUCUAACAAAAGCGGUUUCGAAGAUCGAGAAGGGAGGUCUCCUUCCGGGUGAAGUCGCCUGGCGUCUCUACGAUACCUAUGGCUUCCCCGUAGAUCUUACGCAGCUAAUGGUGGAAGAAUCGGGGAUCUUCGUCGAUUCAGCCGGUUACGAGAAAGCGAAGCAAGCAGCCAUCCUCGCCUCCCAGGGCGGGGCGGACAAGGCUGACGACUCCUCGAAACUCGACGUGCACGCGAUCGCUGAACUCCAGGACAAGCAGAAGCUCCCUGCAACCGAUGAUUCCCCAAAAUACGUCUAUACCGCAGAAGGAACUGGAAAAUCUGCGAAGUACACCUUCCAGCCUUGCACGGGGAAAAUCGUGGCGAUCCGAUCGAAAAAGCAAUUCGUCAACGGAGUCAAUGCUGGUGAUCUAUGCGGGAUUGUCUUGGAUAGGACGAACUUCUACGCUGAACAGGGCGGACAAAUCUAUGACACAGGUUUCUUGCAACACGUCGAGAACGAGGACGUCGAGUUCGCUGUCACCGAGGUACAUCUACAGGGUGGUUUCGUGGUACAUAUCGGCCGCCUCGCCGCAGGAACCUUGAAAGUCGGUGACGAGCUCAAACUCCAGAUCGACGAAACACGCCGGGUCGCUGUCAUGCAGAACCACACCGGUACCCACGUGCUGAACUACGCUCUGCGGAAAGUGCUCUCGGCAGAUGCGGACCAGCGAGGAUCACUCGUUGCGCCCGAACGUAUGCGAUUCGAUUUCGCUUCGAAUCGACCAAUGACCGCACAAGAAGUUAAGCAAGCCGAGGAAGCCGCCGUAGAACUUGUCUCUCGGAACGGACCCGUAUACGCUAAGGAUAGCAGUCUGAGUCAAGCGAAAGCCGUCAAGGGUCUCCGCGCUGUGUUCAAUGAGACAUACCCCGAUCCCGUGAGAGUGGUCUCUAUCGGAGUUUCCGUCGAAGAUCUCCUGGCGAACCCCGACAGAGGGGACGCUCUGAACACCUCGGUCGAAUUCUGCGGAGGGACCCAUUUGCAGAACGCAGGCCACAUAGGUGACUUCGUGAUUGCCCAGGAAGAAGCCAUUGCCAAAGGUAUCAGAAGGAUCAUGGCUUUGACAGGUACCGAAGCCGCGAAGGCGACGAAACGCGCCGAACACCUUGAGAGUGAAGUGAAUACUCUCAAGAGUCUCGUUGGAAAGGACAAGUCGCUCGUCAAACGCAUAACAGAACUCUCUGACGAGAUCUCCCAGAGCAGUAUAAGCUAUUGGAGGAAAGACGACCUACGGAGCGAGUUGAAAAAAAUCAAGAAGGUUAUCGACGAUCAGGACAAGCAAAAUAAGGCCGCCGCUCAAAUGGAAGCUCUCGAAGAAAUCAAGAGGGUUCUCGGCGAUGCUCCUCCGUAUCUGAUCAGGAAACUGCAAGUCGGUGGCAACGGGAAAGCUCUGGACGCCGUCAUGAAGCAGAUCAGAACGCUCUCACCGAACGCCUCCGCCAUGUUGUUCUCAAUCGAUGAAGAAAAGAAACGACUGGUGUGCUUGAGCUCUGUCCCUAAACAGGUUGUGGCCGAUAAGGGUUUGUCUGCAUCCGAAUGGGUCCGACACAUCGCAGACGUGAUCGGAGGCAAGGGAGGUGGAAAAGACGAGUCGGCGCAGGCCUCGGGAACGAAUCCCGAAGCUCUAAGCGAGGCAAUGAACAUGGCGGAAGAGUUCGCGAAACUCAAACUCAACUGAACCACCUGAAUCUAGCUCAAGUUGACAUAGAAUUCAUUUUGCCAUAAAUCCACGCAUCACAAAGAGCUUUCCAAGGAUCGCACCCCGGUGAAGGUCUCCAUUUGAAUAAAUUGAGGAUGUCCCC